AUGGAUGAAGACUCAAUUAGUGUUCAUGGAUCUACUGCUGAUUCCAUUGAAGCAUUUGAUGAACUCCAAGUGCUAGACGAAAUCACAGAUGAAACCGACAAUAUUAUUGAAGGUGAUGACCAAUUAGAUGAAGAAUUUGAUACUAGAAGUGAAGCCAGUUCUAGUUCCAUUGAUGAAACUUCAACAAGAAACAAGAUUAAAUCCGAAAGAUACAUAAGAAUAGAAGAAGAUACACCAACUAAGAAAAAACCCUCUGAAGAAUAUUUAUCUCAACUAAGACUCUUGUUGAAAGAAGCUCGUUUUUUCAUUAUAAAAAGUAAUAAUUAUGAAAAUAUUGAGUUGGCUAAAAUUAAAAAUUGUUGGUCUACUAGACCAUGGAAUGAGACAAAGUUAAAUCAAGCUUUCAGAACAUGUAAGAAUGUAAUUUUGAUAUUUUCAGUUAAAGAAAGUGGUAAAUUUGCAGGGUUUGCUAGAAUUUCUGAAGCAGCUAGAUAUGAUUUGUCACCAGUUGGUUGGGUACUACUUGGAAGUCGUAAUUUAUCGGGUGUAUUUAAAGUUGACUGGAUUACUACAAAAGAGUUAGAAUUCAAUGAUACUUCUCAUUUAUAUAAUGCAUAUAAUGAAGGAAAAACUGUCAAAAUUGCUCGUGAUGGCCAAGAAGUUGAUGGUAAGACUGGAUUACAAUUGUGCUCAAUGUUUCUGGAAGACAAAUCAAUUGAUUUUCAGUACAUUUUAAAAAAAGCUAAAAAUCAUCAGCCCUCUAUAAGUACAGCCGAAUUACGACAACGGCGUAGAGUGCUUGGUUUACCAGAUGAAGGACCAACAAGUAAAGAAUAUAUACAUGCUUACCGAUUUGGGAUACCACAUAAACAACCACCAAGAAUGUUAUCACAUCCAUAUUAUGUGCGCCCACCUUUGUAUCCAUCAUACCAAUAUAAUUUAAGCGGAUCACCAAUGGUACAACGUUAUUAUGAUGAUGUACCAUUGCCUCCUUUUCGACUUCCCAUACAUGUACCAGAUACGUAUGCAAGGCCGUUAGAAGAUUACUAUAAAAGAGACCGAUUAGUUAAUCUCAGGGAAUAUCAUUCGAGUCAAAGACGCGAAAAAGAACGCCAUACUCAUAGACAUCGUUAUCAUUAA